GAAACAGGGAGCAGCAACAGCUCUGACGCAGUUUCAUUUCUCAAUUUUCCUUUGCAAAUUCAAAAAGAAGAGCAAAACAAGUGUUUAAAUCAUAGUUUUGUGUCUCUUCUGUUUCUCUCUCUCUCUCUCUCUCUCUGUCUCUCUCUCAGUUUAUGUUUUACAUGCUCUUGCUUGGCACCACACACUUUAUACCCAUAUAAAGGGCUCUAUACCCAUAUGUUUGUAUGUGACCCUGUCUGCGUACAUGCAGGCUCCAGGGCAGCAAGCUGAUAUAUAAGCACAGUCCUCCGUCAGGCGCUUCUUUUUCUUGCUUGCUUACAAUGAACACACUGCCAGGCUUUUCCGGAGCCAGGAUCUCAGGCUGCUGGGCUUUGAGGGCAGACAGCAGUGGGGUAGGUGAAGACACUCUGGAUAGGCUUCUCCCAUCUGUCAACACAGGUCUUUCACCACGCAAACGAACCACCAGCCAGUGCAAAUCAGAACCCCCCUUGCUGCGCACGAGCAAGAGAACCAUCUACACAGCAGGGCGUCCACCCUGGUACAACGAACACGGCACCCAGUCCAAAGAAGCAUUUGUCAUUGGUCUUUGCGGUGGAAGUGCUUCUGGUAAAACAACAGUAGCCCGGAAGAUAAUUGAAGCUUUGGAUGUGCCUUGGGUUGUGCUGCUUUCAAUGGACUCCUUUUACAAAGUCCUUUCAGAUGAAGAACAGUUGCUAGCUGCAAGCAAUGACUAUAAUUUUGACCACCCAGAUGCAUUUGACUUCGAGCUGCUUGUCUACACACUCCGAAAACUUAAACAGGGCAAGAGUGUGAAGAUCCCAGUGUAUGACUUCACUACACAUGGUCGUCAGAAAGAGUGGAAAACUGUGUAUGGUGCCAGUGUCAUUAUAUUUGAAGGAAUCAUGUCCUUUGCAGAUAAGGAGCUGUUGAAGUUGUUGGACAUGAAAAUAUUCGUGGAUACAGAUUCUGACAUACGGCUGGUACGGAGACUUAGGAGGGACAUUUCUGAGCGAGGCCGAGACAUUGAAGGAGUUAUUAAACAGUACAACAAAUUUGUAAAGCCUGCCUUCGAACAGUAUAUUGAGCCGACCAUGAGACUAGCAGAUAUUGUUGUGCCACGAGGGGGUGGGAACAUGGUGGCUAUUGAUCUGAUUGUUCAGCAUGUGCACAGUCAGCUGGAAGAGAGGAAACUCCGCUGGGAUAUGGCGGCGCUGGCUUCUGCCCAUCAAGCUCAGCCCCUACCCCAAACUCUUUGUGUGUUGGAGAGCACGCCACAGGUCCGCGGUAUGCACACCAUUAUCAGGAAUAAAGACACAAACCGAGACGAGUUCAUCUUCUACUCCAAAAGGCUGAUGAGGCUCCUCAUUGAGAGAGCACUCUCCUUCCUUCCAUCUCAGGUUCGUGUUGUCCAUACCCCACAAGGCCAGGACUAUGAAGGAAGGACCUUUCAAGGGAAAAGGGUCACAGGGGUAUCUAUCCUCAGAGCAGGAGAAACCAUGGAGCCUGCACUCAGAGCCGUCUGCAAAGACGUCCGUAUUGGCAAGAUUCUAAUCCAGACCAAUCAGGACACAGGAGAGCCUGAGUUGCAUUACUUACGUCUGCCCAGAGACAUCAGUGAAGACCAUGUGAUCCUUAUGGACUGUACUGUGUCUACUGGUGCUGCAGCCAUGAUGGCAGUACGAGUUUUACUGGACCAUGAUGUACAGGAGGAUAAAAUUCUGUUGGUGUCUCUGCUGAUGGCUGAGAUGGGAGUCCACUCAGUAGCCUAUGCCUUUCCUCAGGUCAAAAUAAUCACCACUGCUGUUGACAAAAAGGUCAAUGACCUUUUCCACAUUAUUCCUGGCAUAGGGAACUUUGGGGAUCGGUACUUUGGCACUGAUGCACCGCCUGAUUGGAGUGAUGAAGACAUGGAUGAGCCCAGCUGUUAGUAGCAACACGGAUCCUGCUGAACUUGAGCCAUGUGGACAGGACUGAACACUUGAUGCACUGUAGCCCAAAUGGGUCUGACUUUUAAAUAUAUAGUUAUAUGCCACAAGCAGUUGUCAAAUAUUUUAUAUACUUUUUAAUAUCUAAUAAAAUAGCAUAUUUAAGUUUUUUUUAAAGUGAACAAUUUAUUUUAAAAAAGUUGAUAUGUAUAUUAAAAUGUGUUAUUGUUCUAUGACAGUUUUACAAUAUUGUUUUAUUGUCAACAAGUCAGUAUGAAUUUUAUUUUUAGCAGGUUGCUUUUAUGCUCCGUUUUAUUUUUGUUUGUUUUUAGAAUUGCAGCUUUCUGUAAACACAUUUAAAAACAGGUCUACCUUAGAGCUUUGCCGUGCUGCACAAACUGAGUUCUUUUUACGACCACUUCAUCGGAAAAUGUGUGUGGGUGUUGUUUCUUUAACUUGGUUUCCCCUCUACCUGCAAAAAAUUGCUGACCCAACCAUGAUAAUCUUUUAAUGUUGGGCUUGAUCUUAUCAGAACAAUGAACUGAGUUUUUGGCCUAAAAAAAUGUAUGUAACUCUCUUAUUUUUCAUGUUCAAACAUGCCUAAAAUUCAAUGAAAAUGAGGACUUGGUCUGUCCUCAUCCUGCUGAUAAUGAUUUAUCAGGGUUUUUGUGCAGCUCUGGCAAGCACUUCCUUAUGCAAGUUUCUACAGUACAAGAAUUGAAUUUGGCAUGUUCUAGAGCCAUGACACAAUAGCAAUGCAGAACUGGCGCAAGCUAUUUGGUCAAAAAAAAAAAUUAUUGAAUGAAUUAUGAUCAGUAACUAUUGGGUAAUGAAAUGUGUUAUGUGAGGAAUACGUACAGAAUAUAUCUUGGGUUAUAAUUUUUUUAUUAUUUAUUUUUUUGACCAGCUCAGACAAACACCUACACACUGUGUGUGUGUGCAUACAGUGUAUAUGCGUGCAUACACACAGUGUGUGGGUGUUUUGUGUGAGCUGGUAAUACACACACACACUACACACUUUAUAUAAAGUGUAUAUAAAAUAUACAUUAAAAAUAUAAAUGUCGUGUGUGAUAUAUACACGAAAGGAUAUAUUGCGGUGGUGUGAAGAUAUUAAGUUUCUCUUCAAGUGGUGAAUAUAUUUUUCAACAGAAGAAGAUAAACUUCAUUUCUUUGCAUCAUCGUGUAAUGUUCUUUAUAUUGUAUGGACACAUCCAUUAAAAACUGCACAAGUUAAUCAAAAGAAUUUUAAUUUUGAACCGGUUUACCAUUUUGACGUCUAGUCAGUGGGAAAACAAUGGGAGUGAUUGUUGUCAGGGUGAAAUAUCGGGAAAUAUGUCACUCAGAUUCACAAUGUAGUUUGUUUGAAAAAUGCGGGUUUUUCAACACAAGAAGAUAAACUUCAUAUCUUUAAGCCAACAUGUGAUUUUCGUUUAAUUAUAUAGAGACAUUCAUAAACAAAAAAUAUGCAAAUUUAUCAAAACAAUUCAUCGAUUUUCUCAUGAGUGAGGAUAUUGGAAAAUGUUACUUAAUGUCCCGGAUGUAGUUUGUAUGAAAAAUAUGAGUGGCGUAUUUCAAGCAAGCAAUAUUACGCAAGAGGGAGUGCUGUUGUAUCUGAUCAUCAGUACGGCUGUGAGUCGGUUGCUGUCGUAGAUCAGCGUUUCUCAACCUUUUUUCAGUCACGGCACCCUUCAGAAGUAUGCAAAUUCUCAAGGCACCCCUAUAUAAAAUAUAUGCAGUCACGCUGACCAUACGCUGACCCCAGCAGUGAUGUUGUGACAUGGGAAAGGGGGCCGUGAGACAAAUUUUGAUGAUGCAUGAGGCGGCGAUGAUCUGCAUUAGUGUAACUUUUGUUUUUUUGGAAUUUUAAUUCAUUUUAUUUAUUUCAAUGUUAGAAUAUAUAAUUUUUUGACGGCACCCCUAAUGAAGCCAGACGGCACCCUGGUUGAGAAAGGCUGUCGUAGAUAAUCACAGCCGUGCUGAUAUUCAGUACAACAGCACAACUUCGAGUGUGAUAUUUCUUUUAUAGAGCUAUGUAGUUCUAUGAACAAGAAAUUAAUAUUGAGUGACAUUUUGGAUCCUAUAUGGCCAAAUGUUCCAUUUGUUUUUGCUACAUGAGCAGAAAUGGAUCCCCAAGAAGCUACACUUAUAGCAUGCCAUCUGGCUCACUAAUUUACAUUGUUUUGUGCAGUCCCAAGAAUGAUGCUUCCAGUGAAAUUGGUGCCGCUUUUUCCUUUUCAUCAUCAUCUGACAAAUUUCCAUAUUUUAAGUCAAAAGUUAUGUUCCUGAAAAGUCUCUUUUGCCAUGUCCAUUGCUGAUGUGGUUAACGCUGCUGUAGUAACCAUUUUGAAUUAGGAAGUGGAAUUAUAAGUGUAUGAGCGGAGUGAUACAGUCAAAUGUCCCAGUACUGUUAUUGUGAAAUAUUGGAACACCGCUCAAACAGUCAAAUUAGUGGACUGGAAUUAACUGUUGUAUAAAUAUAUAUAUUAAAUGCGCACUGUGUGUGUGUGUGUGUGUACCAUAAUUAAAUCUACAUUUUGGAUAAAGAUAGAACCAAAGAACUGUUGAGGAACCCCUUAUCAGUGUAUUUAUUGUAUUGUAUGUACUAUACCAUAUUGUAUAGUGUAUUUAUUGUAUAGUAAGUAGUCUUUGUCUUAUAGACUAAAAUUUCUAUCAGUGGAUAUAUUUGUAUAAUAUAGCUGAAACAAAAUGUGGCGGUUAUUGUCUCACUUGCAAGAUCCAAAUUCCAUUAUGACAUGUCUGAUGACUGUAUGUGUUAUAUGGUGUGCAUAUUCCUGCUUUUUUUUUUGUGAGACAAAUUUUCUUGAAAAGCAUUUGCAUUUACUAGGCUAUGUUAAAUAUGUAGCUUGGAAUUGAUAGUUCAUAUUCAACCCACAGGUCAUGUCACUUCAGAUUGGCUGCAAACUAUUUGUGUUUCAUUUUAUUUUGAGUAAUAUCAAUUAAAAAAAUUGUCAUCUAAUUAAAAUAAAGCAUUUAUUAUUUUA